AUGGCGGCGACACCGAUGGACCAUAUGGGCUUCGACGAUGUUCGGUCGAAAGAGCAUCAAAUUGCGCUGUCCGUGGUACCAUAUAAGAGGACGGAUAGACACUUCACUCUCCGAAGCUUGUCUGAUUGUUGCCACAUCCCGCCUCCUCUGCUUGACUGUCCUUACCAUCCAGUCUCCCCAAAGCAGACGCUGCCGUAUCUACACUUCCUCCACCGUCGGUCUUUCAGCCGCUUGCCAUCCUCGUUGCCUGUCACCAUAUCCGCCGUCCAUCGGUCGAGCCUACAACGGAAAAUGUGGGCGAGUCGCAACCUCAUCCUCUUGACGCUGGUCGCAGCAUGGUGCGCGCUUUUUGCGGUCCAAGAGGCCUCAGCCACGCUGGCAGAUCCAGUCAUGUGGAUUCUGGUGCACGGAAGGCUCAAGCAGGCGCGUAUCGAUCCCAUCGUCACUCCUGGAGGAACUUCGAGCCAUGUCCACUCUCUCGUCGGUGCCAAUGGCGUCAGUGCCGACACCACCACCGCGCAGAGCUUGGAAGCAGCGUCGAGCUGCACCACAUCGGGCAUUCACGCCGACAUGUCUGCCUACUGGGCUCCCUCGCUCUACUCUGUCAAUGCCAACGGCACUUUCAGCCCUCGUCGACUGGACUACGUCAACACAUACUACCUCAUGAGGGGAAACGUCAACAUCACGGCGUUUCCUCGAAGCAUGCAGCUACUGGCAGGCAAUGCGAUGCGUCGAGGUCCGGGACCCACGACGCAGGCGGACAACACGGCAUCGUUUGUGUGCCUCAACUACGCCGACGGGAGCUCGCAGUCGCAGACGAUCCCGACGCGACCGUGCCCGCAAGGUUUGAGGCUGCAGGUGGUGUUCCCUUCGUGCUGGAAUGGAAAGGACCUCGUGUCUGCAGACCGCUCUCACGUCGUAUACCCGCUCGGCGACAAUGCGGACAACGGACCGUGCCCAGCGUCUCACAACGUUCGACUGCCUACGCUGUUCUACGAAUUCGUUUUUGACGUCACGGGCAUCACCAACGCCAACUACUCUGAACUGGUGCUGUCGAACGGCGACUCGAUGGGCUACUCUUUCCACGCCGACUUUAUCGCUGCGUGGAACGAGACGAUUCUUCAGGACGCAAUCGACGAGUGUGCAGGCCUUCUCUUCAACAACCUGGAAUCAUGCCCGCCGUUGGCAAAGACGUUGGACCGACAAGCUUCGAACCAGUGCACGGCGUCUUCGUCGGAAGCGACGUCGGGGACGAUCCCCUCGUUGCCCGGUUGCAACAUGGUUUGGAACGGUCCAAACGCCGGAAAGGGACUGACGGCGGGAUGCGACCCGAACAAAGUCAUGCUCAAGCCGGACAACUACACGGCACCCGCGUCGUCUUCUUCUUUGUCUGCAUCUACCUCGUCUGCUGCGACGGCGGCAGCGAGCAAGAAGGCAUCUGCACAGGCGGGCGGCGUGAUCGGUGGUGCUUUGAACAGCGUGCAGUCGGCCAAGCUUUCGACACCUACCAGCAAGACGGUCAAGCACACACCCGAGCCUACGCCGAAAAAGAAGCAUGCGCCGAAGAAAGCGACAAUCCAGGCGACGAAGGAGAAAGGCGAGAAGAAGAAGAAGAAGAAGAGCAAGCGACCUUCCAAGGUCCAGCGCAAGAAGAACCACAGGCAUACUUGA